CCUCUCUUGCCAUCCUGUGCCCCUCCUUGUUUCCUUCGUUUGACACCCUCUCCUUCUCUUGUUGCUUGUAUCAAUAUCGUCGUCGUUGUCGUCGCAUACAAUUGUAAUAAUAUCGUCGCAUAUCAACCUCUGUAUCAACCUCUGUCACGCUCCGUACCGACGCUGCAGCACGCCGCCUUCACUACAACCGGCCACGUGAUCCACCUUGCGUUUUUGCCAACCAGAUCCAGUUGGAAUCCCUUUCGACCCAGCAGGCCAGCAAUCAUUUCCUCAAUCGCUUCGACUUCCAGGCGGCCCUCUCACGCGGAAUGAUCACGGCGCACUCUACGUCCACGAACCAUCUCACUUCUGAGCGAAAGGCUUGCGCCAGGUCCGAGGACUCUUAACCCUUCACUUUCUGAACUAUGCCUCAGGCCGACGCUGCCACCGCCUCGGAGCCUGCCAAUGCCAGCGCAUCCUCGACGACCCCGAAGAAGGCUGCCUCAGCGCCCGAGAAGAAGUACAAGUGCCAGUACUGCAACCGAGCCUUCAGCAGAAGCGAACACAGGAGUCGACACGAGCGAUCGCACACCAAAGAGCGUCCCUUCAAGUGCCAGAAAUGCCGCAGCACGUUCGUUCGUCGAGAUCUGCUCCUGCGCCACGAUCGAACCGUGCAUGCGAAGGAUGGCGGUGUGCCCCUUCAGUCUGAAGGCAGAAAGAGAACAGGGACAGGUGUAGCGACGAAGACGACGCCCUCAACGGCCGCUCCGUCUAAGCCGUCGAUAAGCAUCGAUCCAGGAACGUUGGAGCAGAUAGAGGCAAGCAGCGAUGGUAUGCUCGACCUUGAAACUGCCGCCAUGUUGAUGACAGACUUCCAACACAAGGCGGCAGCAGCAGCGGCAGUGAACGGCCAUCUACACAACGGCGAAGGCUCCAUUCCCGACUACUCACCCGACCGAAGCUCGCUACUCGAAUCGUCCGACUACCUCGCCGGUCCGAACGUCCUGCCGCAUAUGCCGUGGGACAGCUUCAUGCCACAAGGCCCGUCAGAACCCAAAGCACAUUCCAUGUCGAGCAUCUCGUCGCAAGAUAACCUGUCGCAGCCUCCCUUCGUCCACAUGGGAUCGAUCCAACCGCAUCAGUCCCAAUUACCACCCAUCAUGGAACGCCAGAAUUCGCUCGGGAGCUCGCUGCCUCCAACCUUCCCCUCGCUGGCCGACACCUUCCCGGUUUCGGGGACGCCCACGCCUAACGCGCUCUCUCCUUUCCCCUCAAUGACAGGGCCUGUGUCGCCAGUGAACUAUCGCAAGUCGCCUGGUCCAGCCCAGCCCCUUUCCUUGCCUAAAGCUCCGCAGUUGAACAAUGAUGACGAGAGAGCUAUCAUUGCUAACCAGCUAGGCGGAGACAUCGCACUACCCUCAUUGCCCUCAAUUGAUCUCUACCUCACCACCUACUUCAACCUCUUUCACCAUCACCUACCCUUCCUUCAUCCUGUCACCUUCCGUCCUGAAAGCUGCCAACCAGCUCUUCUCCUCGCCAUCUUCUCCAUCGGAGCUCUGUACAAUUUCGAGCAAGAACAAGCGUAUCUGCUGCACCAUGGCUCGAAGAAGCUUGUCAACCAGUUCCUGCAAAACAAAGACAACUUUGACUCGCGAAAAUGCCCUCUCUGGACUAUGCAAAGUACUCUACUGAACAUGGUAUUCGAAAGCUGGAGUGGUGGCUCGCAAGGUCUGGAAUGGGCGUGCUCUAUCAAGAGCUUGCUCGCCAACAUGGUUGCCGGCAACAAGUACGAACUCAAGUUACGGAUUGAUGCUCGCGCAGGGGCUCCGCCAACACACGAACAAUGGGUCAAUGAAGAAGGUUGCCGAAGAACAUAUUAUGCCGUCUACAUCUUCUUCGGAAUGCUGACCCUGACCUACAAUCACACCCCAGCCAUCAGUUUCAACGAGUUCGACUCGUUACCACUACCCUCUUCCGAAUCAUUAUGGAGUAUCGAGCCCACAGACGAGGAUUCUUGGCAAGACAUAUUUGCAGCGUCGCCAACAAUCACUGUUCGAGAGGCGUACGAUAGCCUCUUCCAGGGAGAUGCCGCUCGAUACAGUGCUUUUGCGACUCGAGUAAUGAUCAACGCGCUGUUCCUGGAAGUAUGGAAUUUGAGGAGAAGUUUCGAAUCUUUGCAGGAUGUGGUUCUGGAAUGGAAGAUCCGGAUUGCACUGGAAACCUGGGAGCGAUCACUCGAUUUGUGUGAACCCGAGAUCAUCGUCGUCCCUUUGAGCACACCGCACAAGAGCCACCCUCUGAUCUUCAACUCAAUGGCUGUCUAUCGCAACACCCGUGCAUUCCUUGAAGUGGACCUUAAGAAUGUCCAGGAGGCAUUACGGUAUCACAAUUCAUAUGAGAUUGCCGCAGCCAUGACGUUGACUCGUGACAACGUCAAAAGAACGAAAGAGAUGAUCAAAGUCAUCGAACAAUGUUACGAAUGCAUGGAAAUUGUUGCAAUGCAGGGCAUCAACUGGGUGACCAAAACCUCAUCGACCAAUUGGAGCAUUGAACAUCCCCUCUGCGGUUUGGAUCUCAUUACCAUACUCAGUUUGUGGCUGUAUCGCAUCGAGCAUGACGAUCAAGAAGCGACGGACGAAGAGCUUGCCAUGUACAUGAAAGUACGUGGCUUGUUCGAUGAUGACGCUGUGGAUGCCAAUGGGUCACGGUUGAGCUCGACUGUGGCUCGUGUUUGGGGCACAAUGCUAGACGGCGUGGUUGUUUGGGGCAUCUCAAAAACCAUGGGCGAAUCGUUCAAAUUACACUCUCAAGCUCUGAUCGGCUACGUCGACGAGCUCUCAAUCGAUCCUGUCACAGGCAUGCAGGUAUCUGACCAUGCUCUGAUGGGGAUGGAAACAGCAUAUUAAAUUCCUUCGGCGCCUGACUUACCCUGACUCUCCCCAAUAUCUUGCAUGGCGAUUUGGCGGCUUAUUGGCAUCGAAAUCUGGCGUUUGAAUGGCAUCUUCGAUAUUUCUCUUCUCGACUCUCGACUUUAUAUCAACGAUCUUGUUUGGGCACACGAACAUUCUAUCCAAACAUUAAUUGAGGUGGAUACCAACAAUUCCGAUCGACGCAUCGACACAAGCACAUCAUCCCUCAACCUCACGACAGACAUACAACUACUUAAUCACCUCGACAUGAUACCUUGUGCGCUUAGAGAUACAAGACAUUUGGCAUUUCUUAAUUACGACUUUCCUUCACUCGAGCAAGAAUGGACCAGGUGGUCCUAUAUAGCCAGCAGGGAUUCUGGCUGAUGAAUUUUCGUCCUUUCCUAUUGAAAUUGAGACGGCCGUUAUUUGAUUUGAUUAACCUCUCCUCUGUAUAUUAGUGAAAGUGGAACUUCUUCGGAGAACUGGGGAGGAAAGUGACUCUGUGGAGGCACAGCAUAGCGUCAUCAGUUGCACAGCAAUAUCAAUAGCAAUAGCAAUAGCUACCUAGCUUUUAAUGUCGAGAGACUGUCGUGAA